AUGAUUGAGUAUAGCGCGGCUUACCCGCAGAAGGUGUUGCGGUUUCCCGGAGGCGAUGCGGCAUCCUUCGAUACCAUCAUUGCCACCGAGCGCGACGCCAUCGCUAUGGAUCCCAACAAGCUGCCCAUAGGGGAGCGCUUCUUGGAAAACUCGAAGAGGCAGCCGAAGAGCGAGCACGAGGUGGUGAUCGCUGGCGCCUACAUCAACCAGACGCUCACAAUUUACGUCUACAACUUCCACUGCUACAUCGCCUGCAUCAAGGGGCAUAAUAUGAGUAACCGCCUCGACGACGAUCCGACACGAGGGGACUUCAAUGCCAUGAAUUCCGACUUGGAGCGGCAUUUCGCAAUCAGUAUGAUUCCGUAUCCGUACAUCUGGUGCCGCAUCGGCGAUAGCGUUAUAGAUGCUUUGGCGCGCGAUGACACUUUGGCACAGGGCCGCGCACCAGCGUCGUUCUUUCAACAGACCGCGACCCAAGCGAUCAACGUCGAGGAGCGCAUCUCGACACCGAUUUUGCCCUCGCAAUACAUGGCAACACCGCAAAAACUGUUCUUCUGCCUCGACAGCCUGCCGUACACGCGGACACCAUACGAGGGUCUGACGGUCUGGGGCGCUCUGUUCGCGAUCGGCAGUGACGAAUGCGAGCUGCGCCUCGACUCACUGCCGACGCCAGCGUUGGCGCAGACGUCUGAGUUGAUCACAGUGACGAUUCCACGCUUCAGUGCCGCCACGAAGGUGACGCUGACCCUACGUUGUAGAGCCGCGCAGGUGGGUAUGGGCCCGAGCCUUUACUUCACAACUGAUGUGCCCGAGCUGCGCGCCAUGUGCCCGACGAUGUUCAAUGCUGAAGGCUACGAGAAGUGGGUGACUCUGCACAGCGCGCACUUCUCGGAAACACAAUUUUUGACCACUUGCAUCUUCGGAUCACGCGUAGCCUCUCGCGCAGACAAAAAUGUGGCGCAUCUGAGUCCCAGUUCGAUCAUCAACUGUCGAACGCCUGAGUUCGUGCCAGCAGACACCGUAGUCGCGGUGCAAGUGCGUACGGCCUUUGCAAGCUUGAUUGAUCCGUCACAACCUCAAAAACACGCGAUGGUGCCGCUGGCCGCACGUAUUCGCGCUCUCUCAAUUGAUGCAUUGCCACGCAUUAUCACGCGCGCGGGCACGACAACGCUCAAAGUGCGCGGUAAGACCUUGAUGCCUGGCAUGUAUUGCUUCUUUGGGGGCAGCAUUAUGGCCCCCGCCACGAUUAUCGACCAGAAUAACGCAGACUGCACGCUGACAGGCGAGAUCACCGAGUAUGUACUGACACAAGCGGGUGGCACUGGCUUGGUGCAGUUGCAGCUGAUUCUGCCUGCAGAUCCGCUUCGAUUCGCGUUUGUCCUGGUACGCGAGCGACCGAUGUUCUAUUCUCUAACGCCCUUCUUUGAAAGAACUGGCAUUGGCACUAUAGAGGUAGCUGCGGCGGUUGCAGAUGCUGAUGCCAAUGCCGUCGCAGUCCAGUCCCGUAUUCCUGCUCCAACAGGUAGCCCAUUCGUAGAGGACAGACAAGAGAGACUAUCUCAUCCCACGUCUUUGAUCCGCAGGACGAGUGACGCACUGCUUACAACGGACAACGAAGAUGAUGUCUCUUUGUGCAACCCGUGUGACGACGAGGACGUGGAGGAUAACAGAGUUCCAGCAUCGCAUGAAAGCAGAGGAGGAGUAGAAACACAAGCCCAAGGUGAGGGGAUAGUGAGUCUGAAAUGGUCCUCUUCAGCGGGUGCAGGACUGUUGUCUCCGACAUCGGCGGCAAAGUCAGAAGGCACGCCGUCCACUACAUCUUCAUGCUUCGGGCGGUUUCUGGACUCCGGCUCAGAGGGCGUGAUUAGCAGAAGCCAUCUGAGAUCUGAGUGGAUAUCUUUCCUCGUCUUCGUUUUUGGCUUCCUGUGUGCAAGGCUUCCGCCCCAGCUCACUCCAGCACCUGCAGCGAGCUCCGUCAUCUUCGUGCUGCUGUUACCAGUGUUGGCUUCGGCUGAUGGGCUCGAGAGCUUCUCGCACCGCGGCGCCAGGGCUAGUGUUGCCGAGCGUAAGCGCGUUUUUGUGGAUGCCACGGCUUCGGUGGCUUUAAGGUGCUACUGAGACGCAAGCUGCAGCAACCGGCAACGCAGCACAAGCCGAACAAGCUUCAGGCGACAAAGUACCCCUGCCGGCGUGGCUGUUUUCCUACAUCGACCCAGCUCCUGUCGAUCUGCUUGCGCGCCUAUCUAGCUGGCGGGGACCUUUUGCGAACAAGGGCGCCCGAUGCCAGCGGGGUCCGCGUCUAGCCAGAAGGUGCGCAGGCUUAUGGA